AUCCAUCCCCAGUUGUGUUCACAAGCAAAGCUUAGAGCUCGAGACCCAAAACCCUCUCUAAACCCAAACGGCCAGACACAAAAAUAAUCCAAUCCCAAUCCAAUCCCAAUCCAAUCCUGUCUCUUCCUUCCUAACCCAAAAAAUGAUAAUCAGUAGCAGUUGCGUCCGUACAUUUUGCCCGCGCCUCCCGUCCUCGUCGAAGAAGCACGUUCUCCGGACGGCUGGGUUGCUGACUUUCACUCUCCGCCGCCGGCGUCUGACCACCGCCUGCUCUGUUUCGGCCACCAAGAAUAAAGAGAAGGAGAAGGUAAUAGUGGUAUCUGGGCCCACCGGUUCCGGGAAGACUCGCCUCGCUCUGGAGCUCGCUAAGCGGCUCAAUGGCGAGAUUAUCAGCGCCGACUCCGUCCAGGUAUAUCGAGGUCUUGAUAUUGGAUCUGCCAAGCCUUCACUAAGUGAUAGACAGGAGGUGCCGCAUCAUCUUGUUGAUAUAUUGCACCCAUCUGAAGACUAUUCUGUUGGACGGUUUUUUGAGGAUGCCAGGCAGGCUACAAGAAGUAUUCUUGAUAAUGGCAGGGUUCCCAUAGUUACUGGUGGUACUGGAUUGUACUUGCGAUGGCUCGUAUACGGAAAACCAGAUGUUCCCAAAGCCUCUUUAGAGAUUGCAUCAGAAGUGUAUUCCGAGUUAGAGGUCCUACAGAAAAAUAAUGACUGGGAUGCAGCUGUGGAGUUAGUGGUCAAAGCAGGUGACCCAAAGGCUCAACUUUUGGCUGCCAAUGACUGGUAUCGCUUAAGACGCAGCCUUGAGAUUAUUAAGUCUACCGGAUCACCUCCAUCUGCAUUUCAAGUACCGUAUGAUUCUUUCCGGAAACAGUGUGAUUCUAGUGUAGUUGACGCAAAUGACAUUAGUCCUUCUACUGAUGUAGUGGAGGAAGUAAAAUCAAAGGAACUGGACUAUGAUUUUAUUUGCUUUUUCCUCUCAAGCAAGAGAGUUGAUCUUUAUAAGUCAAUUGACUACCGAUGUGAAGAUAUGCUGUCAGGAAGCGAUGGUAUCUUGUCUGAAGCUAAUUGGCUUCUUGAUUCGGGCCUUCUUCCAAAUUCAAAUUCAGCAACCAGAGCAAUUGGUUACAGACAAGCUAUGGAGUAUCUGUUGAUGUGUAGGCAGCAAGGAGGAAGUUCUGCAAGAGAGUUCUACAACUUUUUAUCUGAAUUUCAGAAAGCGUCUAGAAAUUUUGCAAAACGGCAGUUAACAUGGUUUCGCAACGAGCAUAUCUAUCACUGGCUUGAUGCUUCCCAACCCUUGGAAACGGUGCUCGACUUCAUUUAUGAUGCAUACCAUGAAAACAGUGAACUUCUGGUCGUGCCUGAAUCGCUGAGAAUGAAGAAAGAGCUAACAAGCCAUCGAGAAGUUGCCGAAUUGAAGGCUUAUCGACCUAAAAAUAGGCAUUUUAUCAGACGCGAAGAUUGUUCAGACAUUCUAGACUGGAUAAGGGAAACACAAUGCUCCAACAGCAAAUCGGAACUUGAUCAUUCGCUUCAUUGAAGCUUGAUGUUUGCCAAACCAAUCAAUGUUACAUGGUCAUCCGCUAUUCCACCGAGUGGUGUUCAGUUUGUGUAUACGUGAUCAGAAAUCUCACCAAACAACGCCGGAAAGGUGGCUUAAACCUGUUGUUUGUGCCAAGAAGGCGUUCACCGAUGAAUCACUGCAGCUGCCCGAAGACCGUAUCGGAAAUCAUAUUGUGAGAAUUCAUACUUCAAAUGAAGUGAUUUGAGUUUGUGGAUUGUAAUUUCGUUUACCAACCGUUCAAAUGAAGUGAUGGUUAAUGAGAUUAUUCGUUUGCACACAGCUUCAUGGAACUUUGGCAACCACCUAAAA